CUGUGUGUGUGUGUGUGUGUGUGUUUGUGUGUGUGUGUUUGUGUGUUGUGUUGUUUUUCCCCCUCCAGACUUUCCCCCCCCUCCAUCUAACAUGGUGAAGAAAGGAGUGGAGAAGAGAACCAAGUAAGUGAGCAUCUCCAGUAAGCAACGCCACCCGCUGUUGCCACCACCACCACCACCACCACCACCACCACCACCACCACCACCACCGCUGCCACCGGCUCCUGCCACUGCGGGCCACCGAGUCCACCGUUCCUCCCGGAGACUGGAGAGACGCACGGAUAGGAGCAGGGAGCCCGCAGAGGCAGCCGGCCCUUGGAGGAGUUAUGGAUGUUGGUGCAUUCACUUCUGGCCAGAUCCUUGCUCAGAGAGAGCUAAACAGCCACUGCCGCCGCCUCCAGCUGUCGCCUUGCCUCGCACAGGGUCUAACCCUUCCAGCAUGUUCCUUCUGAUGAGACAAUUUCCAGUGCCCAGAGUUUCAGUACAAUGUGGAAAUGGAUACUGACACAUUUUGCCUCAGCCUUUCCCCACCUGCCUGGCUGCUGCUGCUGCUGCUUCUUGUUGCUCUUCUUGGUGUCUUCUGUCCCUGUCACCUGCCACCCCCUGGGUCAGGACAUGGUGUCUCCAGAGGCCACAAACUCUUCAUCUUCCUCGUCCUCCUCCUCCUCCUCCUCCUCGUCGUCCUCCUCGUCCUCCUCUUUCUCCUCUCCUUCCAGUGCGGGAAGGCAUGUGCGGAGCUACAAUCACCUCCAAGGAGAUGUCCGCUGGAGGAAGCUGUUUUCCUUCACCAAGUACUUUCUCAAAAUUGAGAAGAAUGGGAAGGUCAGCGGCACCAAGAAGGAGAACUGCCCAUACAGUAUCCUGGAGAUAACUUCAGUGGAAAUCGGAGUUGUUGCAGUGAAAGCAAUUAACAGCAACUACUACUUAGCCAUGAACAAGAAGGGGAAACUUUAUGGCUCCAAAGAGUUUAACAACGACUGCAAGCUGAAGGAAAGAAUAGAGGAGAACGGGUACAAUACCUACGCGUCUCUGACCUGGCGGCACAACGGGAGGCAGAUGUACGUGGCCUUGAACGGAAAAGGUGCCCCUCGGAGAGGGCAGAAAACGCGAAGGAAAAACACGUCGGCUCAUUUUCUCCCGAUGGUGGUUCACUCAUAGAAGCCGGUACUGUUUGCAGAGACAGUUGAACCAAAGGAUCUCUGGCCAAGAAUAGCUGAUAUUCUUCCUGAAAACAGAAGCUCAAAAGGCAAAGACAUAUGACAGAUAAUCAACUUGCUUGAAAGAAGGGAAGCCUUUGAAAGCUAUUGUACUCACUGCUGACAUACUGGUGUUCUUUGAAUCAGUUCUGUGCCAUGCCUCAUUAUAAUCAAGAUAUAGACAGGUCAAAGGGGAUGGAAGUUAUUCCUAAUUGAACAUGUGGCUUUUUUUUUUUUUUGUCUUUUGUUGUCGUUGUUAAGUUUUUGGUUUUAGUUUGGUGUUUUGUUUUGUUUUUAACCUCUGAGAUUGAGUUUAAUGGACACAGAACAAACUGUUGAAUGAUCUUUGGGAAAGCUAUUUAUGGAAUAUGAACUCAUAUCAAAGACUUCAUUGCUCAUUCAAGCCUCGUGAUUCAAUGAGCAGUAAGACACAUGCAAGCAUUUACUGGAAAGCACUUGGGUCUCAUCAUAUGCGCCACCAAAGGCAAGCUUUGGGUGUGGCAUCUUGGAAGAAUUGGAUAGGGUUAAACAAUGUAAACAUUUUAGUGUAAAACUGUUGUAACAAAACAAAUAGUAUGGUAUGCUUGUGCAUUCUGCCCACAUCCUUUUCUAUUUCUUUCUAAGUUAUUUAUUUAAUAGGAUGUUAAAUAUCAUUUGGGGGUUUAAAAAAAAUAUCCUCAGCAGCUACCCUCUGUUGUACUAUUUCUCUCUGGCACACCAGCUGCAUAUUCAUAACAAAGUGUUUUUAAAACUUGGCAGACACUUCAAGAACAGGAAAUGGGGUUGGGGAAGCAGUGCAAGGGCCCCAUGUACCAUCAGUUGACUUAACUGCUAUUUCAACAGUGAGAACUGGCAACAAUAAAUAGGACAGCGUCAUGGCAGGUCUCUUUGAGUGGAAAUGUCUGCCUUCAUUUAAAAACUUAGCACUCCUAAGACUUCUUUUCCUAAGAAAUAGCCCAGAAAGCCAAAUUCUUUUCAAUACAAUAGUAGGUCUCUAAGGAUAUACUUAAAGAGGGAGAAAUCAUUUGCUAAACUCACUUUGUUAGCCUAGCCUCAUUAUUACUAAUAAUCUUUUCCCCAUAUGUUAGUUACAGUGAUAAGUGAUGAAGAGGCUAUUUGCAUAUGCAAGAAUCCUUUCUAAGUCCACACCAGUGCAACUCCCCUAAAGAAUGAGCAGAGUGUGGUAUGAAGUGCAACUCUCCCAGGGGCUUAAACUGAGCAAAUAUAUCCUGUAUAUGUGUAAUCACAUACUGAAACCUGUUCAAGCUAUAUGAUUUAGUCUUUUUUUUUUUCCUCCAGGGUUAUCGCUGGGGCUCAGUGCCAGCACUAUGAAUCCACUGCUUCUGGCUGCCAUAUUUUCCCCAUUUUAUUGGGUAGGACAGAGAAUAAUUGAGAGAAGGGGAGAGGAGGGGGAAGGGGAAGACAGAGAGGAGGAGAGAAAGAUAGACACCUGCAGACCUGCUUCACCCCCUGUGAAGCCACACCCCUGCAGGAGAAGAGCUGGGGGCUCAAACUGGGAUCAUUGCACAGGUCUGAAUUAUUCCUUAUGAAGUCAACUAAAACUUAUUUUCUGUAAAUUUAAAGAGCUUUGGAAGGUUCCAUAAGGUAACCAUAUUAAAAUUCACUCCAUUACCAGGUACAUAGGAAUGUACCAUUCAUAAUUCUAAGUAUUCCACUAAAAAAUAAGUCUUAUUUGCAGUGUCUGUAGUGAUUUAAAAAAUGUAGAAAAAUAUUAUUUGUUCUAAAUACUUUAAGUGAUAAUAUAAGGUUAUACUGAUGCUGCAUUUUCAUCCUCAUAUUUUUUGUUUAGAAAAAUCUGUUUAUUUUUAUUAAUUGGACACAGUAUUUUGGUACAAGAGAAAGACUCAACAAAUGUGUCUUUUUUUCUUACUAAAAUUUAACCUCUAGAAAUGCUGGUGUGUUGUGAUCUUCUUUUUUAACUAAAUUGUGUCAAGUUUUUACCAGGACUUCCAGUUAAUCUGUUAUUUAAGAAUAAAAUUUAUUAAGAAACUCAUAAAGUAAUCCCAUAAAAGGACACACACACACACACACACACACACACACACACACACUUUUUU